AUGAAGAAUGGAAGAGAAAUGUCAUUAGAUUAUGUGUUAAAUUUAGAGAUACCGUUCACCACUUCCAGACAAGCCCAAAUUGCCGCUAAGGUGUUAGUACCAGAUCCAAUUUUGAAACCUCAAGAUUUCCAAGUUGAAUAUUUGUCUCAAGAUAAUAUACUUGCUGUUCAUUUCAGAGGUAUUGAUGAUCGAGUACUUCGGGUGGGUGUAAGUAGUGUUAUCGAUAGCAUCAAGACAAUAAUUGAAACGAUAGAUGAGCUGGAUUAG